CCUCUCGGACGGCCGCGGCGAAAGAGAAAAAUGGCGGAGGCCUCGGCGGCCGGGGCCGGCGCGGGCGCCGCGGUUGCCGCGCACCGGUUUUUCUGCCACUUUUGCAAGGGCGAGGUCAGCCCCAAACUACCGGAAUAUAUUUGUCCCAGAUGUGAAUCAGGCUUUAUUGAAGAAAUGACAGAUGAUUCCAGUUUUUUAGGUGGUGGCAGCAGCACAUCAACACAUUUUGCAGAGUUCUGGGACCAUUUGGACCCCACGAUGUUUUUCCAAGAUUUUAGACCCUUUCUAAGUAGCAGUCUACUGGACCAAGAUAAUAGAGCCAAUGAGAGGGGUCACCAAACUCACACUGACUUCUGGGGACCAAGUCGGCCGCCACGGCUGUCAGUGACUCAAAGAUACAGAUCUCGAGGAAGUACUCGUCCUGAUAGAUCCCCUGCUUUUGAAAGAGUACUACAACAAAUCAUUGCAGGAUUCAUUCCUGGAUCCCCAUUUUCUUGGAGCGGGAUGCUGCACUCCAACCCUGGGGACUAUGCCUGGGGUCAGACAGGGCUUGAUGCCAUUGUAACUCAGCUUUUAGGACAACUGGAAAACACAGGGCCUCCCCCAGCUGAUAAGGAAAAGAUCACAUCUCUUCCAACAGUGACAGUAACUCAGGAACAAGUUGAUAAGGGUUUAGAGUGUCCAGUAUGCAAAGAGGAUUACACAGUUGAAGAGGAAGUCCGGCAGUUACCCUGCAACCACUUCUUUCACAGCAGUUGUAUUGUGCCGUGGUUAGAACUGCACGACGCAUGUCCUGUAUGUAGGAAGAGCUUAAAUGGUGAGGACUCUACUCAGCAAACCCAGACCUCUGGGUCCUCUGCAAGCAACAGAUUUAGCAGUGACAGCCAGCUACAUGACCGAUGGACUUUCUGAAACUAAAGACCGCCUCUGAGCCAGGGCUAUGGUAGACCUCUUAUCACAGCUGUUAAUUGUAUCAAAACAAAAAAGUCGUAGGUGAAUUUAGGAAUCACCUAAGAAACCCCAACCCAUAACAUUAAUUCAUUGAGUGUUUUUCUUCUCUAAAUUUAAAGUUAGUAUCUACAGAUGGAAUUGUAUCUACAACGAAAUGCCUCUCAUUCUUGAAUUCAGAGCGAUAAUUUUGUAAGUGCGAAACUUAAUUAUGUGGGUUUCCCCUGCCAGAAUAGAAUCAGUUCCUUAAAGUCUAGCUAGGGUCCUGCUAUCUGUCAUGUUACCUUGUGAUGGAUGUUUCCACCUCUUUCUCCAGCCUCCACCCUAUCAUAAGUGUACUUUACACUAAAUACAGUGGAACCAGAGCCCUAAAGUCCUGCUGAUAUAAAGUCCUUCUGUUUUAGUUGUACAAAAGCAUCUACUUCUGGCCACAUUAGCCAUGAAGUGAGAUCAGAUUAAUUCAAGAAUCUGAGACACUAAUGAUUCUUGUUUUUUCUUAAAUUUUCAGAGAGCAAAUCAAAGAAAAAUUACAGUGGGAAGGAGAAAGUGGCUUAUCAUUGUAUUCUUUGGUUUUCUCAUUUUUAUUUUUAAAGACUACUUCACAAGAUGCAGCUUCUGCAGAAACCAACCUGACAUGUCUUAGGAGUCUUAUGUUGGGAGGAAUCUGAUUCUGGUUCCUUUUUGGGAAUGAGUUGGGCAGCAUACAGGCACAGAAGGACAGAUGUUUGAAAUCUUUGGUUCCGAGGUUUUUUAGUGAUCCUCAACUCAUUGUUUAUCCUGGGGACCUUAAAAUAAUUUCCCUCACAGAAAUAGAAUUACUUCAUUACUGCUUCUACAGCUAAGUCAUUGUUUUUUGUAAUUCACUGGUCUUCAGGAAUUGAGAUUUUAUGUUGUCCCAUUUUAAUUUUUUAAGCCCAUUUAUCAUCUCUGAAACCUUUCUGUUUGCUUGGUUCUGUCUGUACUUGGAGUCAUACUGAUUAUUGUGAUCAUGCCCAAACAACUUGGCCUAGGAGAUGUAGGCCUUCUUUUUUCAGCCUAACAGUGUCCCAUGCACAUGCACAUGCUCUUUGGCGCAUUUAAGUGUUUAAAGUUGAAUAAAUGAAGAAGAUUAAGAAUGUU